GCUAAGGAAAUUAUAAGGUCAUUUGAAUUACGCUGGCUAGCGAGCGUUUCGGCUACAAUGAACUGAAGAAAUUAUAUGAAUGGCUGCCACAGAGAGCGAACGAUGAAUGCAGGGUCAAAGUCGACGCGUGCAGUCAGAUGAGUUACACUGUGGCCUCGGCUCGCGGCUGACACGAAGCGCAUCUUCCCCUGGUGUUAUUACUAGCGAGAGAGGGUAUCCCGGUGCGUGUGUCUGCGCAUUUCAGUGAGCCUCUGUGACAAGCCAGGCGAGCCGCGAGGAACGGAGGGGGCGACCAGGCUGGCCUUUAAGCCGAUCAAGGUGGAAGCGCACACUGCGAGCUUCACAUAGGAUUUCUCUGUGAACCUUCAUGUUGUAGCUGAGGGAUAUAGUUGAAAGGAUGAUGCGUUUGGCAUGUUGCACAGCACUGCUGUUUGUGCUGAGGCUGUUGGUGGGCCUGCCCUGGUACCAGGUUGUCCCGGCCAUUCUCAUCUUCUACUUGGGCAGUGGAGGAUGGAGCUUUCUACAAAUAUUUGCCAAAACUGUUAGCAGAGACCUACAUGCAGCCUAUGUGUUAUUACGGGUGAAGCUGAAUGUGAAACGUCACUUGCGGGAGAAGAACACCAUCCCUAAGAUCUUUGCAGAAACCGUCCAGCGUUAUGGCGACAAAACAGCUCUCAUCUUUGAAGGCACUGGAGAAAGAUGGACCUUUAGACAACUUGAUGUAUAUUCCAAUCGAGUUGCAAACCUACUACUACAACGAGGUUUCAAGGAGGGGGACGUGGUGGCUCUGUUCAUGGAGAACAGGUCACAGUACGUGGGCUUGUGGCUUGGAAUGGCUAAGAUUGGAGUGGAGGCUGCGCUCAUCAAUUUCAACUUAAGACUAGAGGCGCUGGUUCAUUGUGUCACUAUCUCCAACGCCAAGGCUGUUGUAUUUGGGUCUGAACUGACUGAGGCUGUGUCCGAGGUCCACAGUUCAAUGAGAAAAACUGUACAGAUGCUGUGCUCUGGAGAAUGGGACCCCAAACGAGUCCCAGAGGGAACUGAGUGCCUGGAGACCCUGCUGGAAAGUGCCCCCUCCCACCUGCCCAAACAGCCCCAGCGCUGCUUUAUUGAUCGCCUGUUUUACAUCUACACUUCAGGAACCACUGGAAUGCCUAAAGCUGCUAUUGUUGUGCACAGCAGGUACUAUCGGAUGGCUGCACUGGUGUAUUAUGGCUUCAGGAUGUCACCAGAUGACGUUCUGUAUGACUGUCUUCCACUCUACCACUCAGCGGGGAACAUUGUGGGAGUUGGCCAAUGUAUUAUACAUGGAAUGACUGUGGUUAUCAGAAAGAAGUUUUCUGCCUCACGUUUCUGGGAUGACUGCAUCAAAUACAACUGCACAAUUGUUCAGUAUAUUGGUGAGAUCUGCAGAUACCUGUUGAACCAGCCAGUGCGGGACACUGAGCGACAGCACAAAGUGCGCAUGGCUUUAGGUAAUGGCCUGCGCCAGUCCAUCUGGGAGGAAUUCAUGAACCGCUUCAACAUCCCACAAAUCGCAGAGUUUUAUGGAGCUACAGAGUGCAACUGUAGUCUGGGCAAUUUUGAUAAUAAGGUUGGAGCAUGUGGCUUCAACAGCCAGAUAUUACCUUUCAUUUACCCAAUCAGACUGGUGAGGGUGGACGAGGAAACCAUGGAGCUGAUUCGAGGGCCUGAUGGUGUCUGUAUCCCCUGUAAACCGGGUGAACCCGGGCAACUAGUUGGAAAAAUUAUCCAGAACGACCCACUAAGGAGGUUUGAUGGCUAUGUCAACCAAUCAGCAACCAGCAAGAAGGUUGCUCAUAGUGUUUUUAAGAAAGGAGACAGUGCCUAUCUUUCUGGUGAUGUGCUCAUCAUGGACAAGUAUGGCCACAUGUAUUUCAAGGACAGGACAGGAGACACGUUCCGCUGGAAAGGGGAGAAUGUCUCUACCACAGAAGUGGAGGGAACUCUUAGCCGGCUGCUAGACAUGAAAGAUGUUGUUGUUUAUGGAGUAGAAGUGCCAGGCUCAGAAGGAAAGGCUGGAAUGGCAGCUAUAGCUGAUCCUUCUCAGUCCAGUGACCUGGAACAGUUGGUGAAGGACAUGGAGAAAGCUCUGCCUCCGUAUGCACGCCCUGUCUUCCUCCGCUUUUUGCCAGAGGUCAACAAGACAGGAACAUUCAAGUUUCAGAAGACAGAGCUACGCCGGGAGGGCUUUGAUCCCAGCACAGUAUCUGACAGGCUCUUUUUCCUGGAUUCCAGUAGAGGGCGCUAUGUGCCCUUGAAUGAAGAGCUGCACUGCUCCAUUAUUGCAGGAAAAGUAAAAUUGUGAUGAAAAAGGACUACACUACAGCCCUACUGUGCACACACUGAAACUUGUUGAAAAAAAGUAAAAAUUUGACAAUUUGGUUCAGCAAAACAGAUAUGGAAUGAAGAAUCCUCUGCAUCUGUCUGAAAUAGCCAUACAAACACAAACAUGUGAUUGCAGUUUUGAUUAAACUUAACUACACAGGGCGCUGCUUUGCCUGCCCAGCCUCAUAUUUUCAAAUAUGAUUUCUCUGGAUACCUUAGCUGUACCAAGCGGGGUAGAAACCUAACAAACAGGACCCCAGCAUUUUUUCAACAAUCUCCGAACAAAAGCACCUCCAAGGGAAUCCUCAUACAAGCUCCACAUUACAAUUGGACAGCCGUACUCUUAUGGGAACAAGGUUUGGACUUACCGGGCAUUUGGAAAACACAAGCUUCAGAAACUUCAGACAACUUGAAUGAGAUUUUCUCACAGAUUUAGUCAUGAUGUUCAUGAAUAAGUCAACAAGGUGUUUUAUUAAAAUACCAUUGGCCAAACCUGCACAAUUUACAAAUGAAUUGUCAAAGGUUGGACACUUUUCCUGUCUCUUUCACUUAAUAAGACAGUUAAUCUCAACUAUUUAACUUCUGGUUACAAAGGACUUCUGCAAAGCAGUUCAUCACAAGUGCAAUAGGGCUUUAAUGUGCAGUGUAAUAACUGCUUUACCAUGCUUGUGCUCAUCUACAAUAUAACUGUGUGUUAAAACACCAAAUAUAUUUAAGUUGUAAGUUCAUGUUUAUGAAGACACAGUUUCAUCUUUAUAUAAGAAUUGAUGGGGAAUUUGAAAAUGUUUUUGUGUUGUGCAGGUUUUGUCCUAAUGGUGAACUGCACCUCCACACCAAUUUGCCUGAUGUGUUCAAUGUAACUGAUGAGAGCCCUUUGAUCCAAAGAUUGAAAGUCUGGAGUUUGAUCAGUUUGACCUUUGAGAGGAGAGAUGUUUUAGUCCUAGAUCUUCGUAAGGUGUUUGGAGUAGUUUUGUCCCACACUGUAGCAGUAUGAGUGAGCGUCAUUAGCCACAGAGCUCUGUGCCUUACUGUGAGCUCAGCUCCAGAACCACGGGCUCAGCUCCAUGCUUACUGUAAAAAUAUAGUACUGUACUUUAAUGCAUUAUCCUCCCUUAAUGACAGCCACUUAGACAUAUUUUCAUUGUAUCUCAAUCACCAACUUGGAUAUCAUCAAGGGGUCAUUGCACAUCAUCAUGUAAACAAAAUUUGAGAGUACAUUUGAGAGCUGGGCAUUGUCCCAUUGUCUCUUUCUCAGUAUAAUUGAACUAAAAUUGCACCUAUCUACAUUAGUGACUGAAGGUGCUUUCUAGGCAACAAAUAUGAGCCUGAGGCUGAAGCUUGGAACCAGUUGAAAGUUUAGCAGCAUGACACUUGUAUGUCAUCUGGUAUUGCACAAGCCUGGUUUACUACUAGAGAUGAGUAGUCUAGAGCCUAAAGUUUACAUUUUUUGGCAAUUAUAAAAUAUUUAAACACUCAAUUUCUUUGAAUUUCAAAUUGAGUAAGUGGUAGUUGUACUUUGGGUGCAGCUAAACCAUGCUACAUGUCUCUUUAAAGAAUUACACAUUGUCGUCUGCCUGAUAUACUUUAGCGGUUUGGCUGUCUGCUUUGUCUGCAUUGCAUUGACUCAGUGAUUACCCCCAACCCCCUUCCAUUCUCCUACUUCUAUGACUAUCUAUACAACAUCUCUAUCUGUCUCUGUGUAUCAUAGACUGAAAGAACUAUAUUAGGGCAAAGUUAGGAUAUUUUGUAUGCUGACUGAAUCUGUGUUUUUUGUUCAGAGUUUGCACUGACUGACAGUUGAUCUUGAUGAUGCAAGCUGUUGACAGUGAUGGCCAUUGUUGCUUGUCACUUCCUUUCCCUCUUUGGGGAAAACCUAGACAAAAUAGGACCUUAAAGUGGUUUUAGCAGAAAUGACUUGAUUCUUGCCUCCUCCUGUGCCACAGUGGAUGGCAAUUUGAUCUUUUGUCUUGAUUCUUUUAAUGAUGAGUGUGAAAUGUUCUCAUGAAUGUCCACACAGAAUACGAGUGACCAAUGUUAACGAUGUUGUACAGUGUGUAUUUAAGGGAAUACCGCAGCUGUUAUGAUGCUUCUGACCCGGAUUUGCACUAGUGAACUGGGACCACCAGGGGGCGCAUGACUAAACAGCUUCACUGCAGCACUCUGAAAAAAGAUGUUUCCAUGUUUGUAAUAAGUUUAAAUUAUUUUUUAAAAUGUCGAUGCUUUGAAUGUUUUAAUGCUUUAUCUGUUUGAUUUUUAUGUGUGAAAUUCGUAUUGCUAUUUGUUUUUAAUAUUAUUAUUAUUUUGGGUUAAUGAGGGAGUUAUGUUUGAGUCAAUGACAAUCAACUACAGCAUUUGAAACUGAAGUAAACGUCAAAAGCUUUUGAAAAACAACUGGCCAGCAGGCAUUAGGCCGAAAAUUAUCUUCAAAUCAUCACUAAAAAUUACUAAAAUGUGUGUACGUUUAUUGGAAUUAAUAUAUUCAACAUUGUCCAAAUUCUGGUUUAUAGUUUCCAUAUUUUUUUAAAAUAAGAUUUUUGCACUUUUUGUUUGUCUUUUCCCUAUUGUGGUACUCAGGAACAUCAUACAGUGCUUGAGGAGAACCAUUUCUGUGUGUGUGUGUGUGCGUAUGUGCGUGUGUGGUGUGGAACUCUUUUAUCUUAUUUUGGAGAAGUUGUGUUGCAGUGAGUCCCAGUGCAGAGUGAGGUGUCCUCUUGAUGUCCACUGAAGGCUGUUGCUGUACAAACCUGCAUCUGAAAAAAAAAGAUAAAAAAACACUGCUGCGAAUGAAAUGAUUAAUAAUAAAACUAUUUAAAUUGUU